GGCGCGCCCGCCCAUCCCCCGCUGCCCUUUUUUUCCAGGCCGGGUGCGAAGGAGCAUGCCGGCGCCUAGCCUCUGGCAGCGAAGAGUUAAGCAGAGGGGCGUGGAGCUGCCCCCUCCUUGGGGGCGUGCCCCCCUCCCCCGCUAGGUGGCCCGCCCCCCCGCGCUAGGAUAUGGACCCCGGCCCCGGCCCGGGACCAGAGGUCCCGCGCAUGGGCCAGUGAAAGGUGUGUUCCCGUUCCCGCUCUCUUCCUUCCCUCGCCUGCCAGCACCAUGGGAUGUAAUAUGUGCGUGGUUCAGAAACCGGAGGAGCAGUACAAAGUGAUGCUUCAGGUAAACGGGAAGGAGCUCUCCAAGCUGUCUCAGGAGCAAACCCUGGAGGCCCUGAGAGCCUCCAAGGAGCCCCUGGUGAUCCAGGUGCUGAGACGCAGCCCCCGCCUGCGGGGGGACAGCUCCUGCCACGACCUUCAACUGGUGGACAGUGGCACUCAGACCGACAUCACCUUCGAACAUAUCAUGGCGCUGGGCAAGCUGCGCCCGCCCACCCCACCUAUGGGCAUCCUGGAGCCCCCCCCCAUCAGCCAUGAGUAUUAUGACCCGGCGGAGUUCAUGGAGGGCGGCCCACAGGAGCCAGACCGUAUGGACGAGCUGGAGUAUGAGGAGGUGGAGCUGUACAAAAGCAGCCACCGGGACAAGCUGGGCUUGAUGGUGUGCUACCGCACGGAUGACGAGGAAGACCUGGGCAUCUACGUUGGAGAGGUAAAUCCCAACAGCAUUGCAGCCAAAGAUGGCCGGAUCCGUGAGGGAGACCGCAUCAUCCAGAUAAACGGCAUGGAUGUCCAGAACAGAGAAGAGGCAGUGGCUAUACUGAGCCAGGAGGAGAACACCAACAUCUCCCUGCUGGUUGCUCGGCCUGAGAGCCAGCUAGCAAAGCGGUGGAAGGACAGUGACCGGGAUGACUUCCUGGAUGAUUUUGGCUCUGAGAAUGAGGGGGACCUGCGUGCUCGGAAGCUUAAGUCACCCCCUGCCCAACAGCCUGGGAAUGAAGAGGAGAAGGGGGCUCCUGAUGGGGGCCCAGGCCUGAGCAACAGCCAGGAGCUGGACAGUGGGGUGGGCCGGACUGAUGAGAGUACCCGUAAUGAAGAGAGUUCUGAGCAUGACCUGCUGGGGGAUGAGCCCCCCAGUACCACCAACACCCCUGGGAGCCUGCGCAAGUUUGGCCUGCAAGGGGAUUCUCUGCAGAGCCGGGACUUCCACUUCAGCAUGGACUCACUGCUGGCAGAGGGGGCAGGGCUUGGAGGUGGCGAUGUGCCUGGCCUCACAGAUGAAGAGUAUGAGCGCUACCGGGAGUUACUGGAGAUCAAGUGCCACCUGGAGAAUGGCAACCAGCUGGGCAUCGUGUUCUCCCGGGCCUCUGGUAGCAAUAGUGCUCUGGAUGUCAACCGCAAUGAAAGCCUGGGCCACGAGAUGGCCAUGCUGGAGGAGGAGCUUCGCCACCUGGAGUUCAAGUGUCGCAACAUCCUGCGGGCGCAGAAGAUGCAACAGCUGCGCGAGCGCUGCAUGAAGGCCUGGCUGCUGGAGGAGGAGAGUCUCUAUGACCUGGCGGCCAGUGAGCCCAAGAAGCAUGAGCUGUCUGACAUCUCUGAGCUGCCAGAGAAGUCUGACAAGGACAGCACUAGCGCCUACAACACCGGGGAGAGCUGCCGCAGCACCCCACUGCUCGUGGAGCCCCUUCCUGAGAGCCCUCUGAAGCGGGCCACUGCUGGCAACUCCAACUUGAACCGGACCCCUCCUGGUCCCCCUGUCGCCAUCCCCUCCAAGGCUGCUCCUCUGCCUGGGAGCCCCGCCAAGUUCCGAUCCCUCUCCCGGGAUCCUGAGGUGGGCCGGAGACAGCAUGCAGAGGAACGAGUCAGACGCAGUCCCAAGACAGGGGUGACCCUGGAGCGUGUGGGCCCUGAAGGCAGUCCUUACCUCUCUAGGCGCCACCGUAGCCAAGGCCAGGAGAGCGAGCACUACCAUAGCUGUGUGCAGCUGGCCCCGACCCGUGGCCUGGAGGAGCUGGGCCACAGCCCCUUGAGUUUGGCUGGGGGCCCUCGGGUGGGUGGGGUGGUGGCUGCGGCCGCUGAAGCACCCCGCAUGGAGUGGAAGGUGAAGGUACGCAGCGACGGGACACGCUACGUGGCCAAGCGGCCUGUGCGAGAUCGGCUGCUGAAGGCCCGGGCCCUGAAGAUCCGGGAGGAGCGCAGCGGCAUGACUACUGAUGAUGACGCAGUGAGUGAGAUGAAGAUGGGCCGCUACUGGAGCAAGGAGGAGCGGAAGCAGCACCUGAUCCGUGCAAGGGAGCAGAGGAAGCGGCGCGAGUUCAUGAUGCAGAGCCGGCUGGAGUGCUUGAGGGAGCAGCAGAAUGGCGAUAGCAAGCCUGAGCUCAACAUCAUCGCCCUGAGCCAUCGCAAAACCAUGAAGAAGCGGAACAAGAAGAUCUUGGAUAACUGGAUCACUAUCCAGGAGAUGCUAGCCCAUGGCGCACGCUCAGCUGACGGCAAGCGAAUCUACAACCCUCUGCUCUCCGUCACCACUGUCUGAACCGCCUGGGCAGGAGCCCAGCCCAGGCAGCCUCCCAGGCCUGGCCCUCACCCUCCCUUAGAAUCUAGUGUGUGUCUGUGUGCGUGUGCACACUGUGCACGUACAUACUCCUGUCUUUGUGUGUGCACAGGACUUUGUUGACAGAAAAGCCCCAAGGAGAAGGGACACUUCUUUUCUAUCACCUACUUCCCUCUCCCCAAAAGACCAUGUCAACAGCUGGCGUUGGGAGCAUACCUGUAAUGGGCACCCCUUUGUGUGCAUGACAUAUAUGCAGUGCUCUUGACAUGUAUAUUUGGAGACAGGGAAGUUGGUGCAAAGAGAAGUGAGGUAGACUGUCCUAAGCACAAGAGAAUGUCCAGCUUCGCCGCUGAGCGCAGCCUCUCUCGACCCCUGGGAGCUGCAGUUAUUUGUAGACAGAGGCAACCCUGAUUUUUGUGGUUUUUCUCCCUUUCUGUGCUUGCCAAUAGUUGUUUUUCUGUUUUGUGGACCUGCUCUGGGCGCUGGCAGCUCCUUGAGGCAGCCUG